AUGAUGGCUCGUAAUCUCUCUUCGGACGAGAUAAAGAAAAUAUGUGCGAAUUUAGUGUAUCAAGUGGCAUACGCUUUUUACGACACUUCUUAUAUAGUCAUAUUGAAAAUGAUGGUUCAUGAUAACGUAACGACAGAAGCCGAGUUGGCGAAUAAAAUAGGAUUAACCGGUCCUGAAAUUAGAAAAUAUCUGGGUACUUUACAUAUGCACAGAUUGAUUAGACGUCAAGUGAAUAAAGAGAAGAUAGCAAUACCAGAAUGGAAGUUGAAGCAACUUGCCGCUCAACCUGAUAGACGACCACCAAGUACUGUACUAAAAUCAGGUCAACCUAAACCUGGUGCGAUAGAUAAAGAUGGGAAACCUCUGAUUAUAGAGAGAGAAAGAACUAGAGAUGUUCAUUAUUGGUAUCUUGAUUAUAGAGAAUUCGCGAAUGUGGUUAAAUAUAGAUUGGCUAUGAUGAGGAAAAAUAUCGACGAUAAGAUUAAACAGGAAGUAGGCCAUCGAGGCUAUAUAUGUCCUGUGGAUGGUCGUACAUAUGAUCCAUUAGAUCUAUCAAGCACGUUUGAUCCAUUUACCAAUACAUUCAAAUGUGAAGAUUGUUCAUCCGAAUUGAUAGAACAUGAUCCAUCAACUUCUUUAGAUGGUAAAACGACAACAGCGCAGGACGCUAUGCAGAGAUUCAAUAUCGCUACCGCACCCAUUAGAGAAGCGUUGAAAGCCGUUGAAAGUCAGACUGUACCAAGUCUGAACAUAAUAGUUUGGAUAGCUCAAAACGUUAAGACUACAGUCAAAAACCCAGCUGAUGGCGACAGCCAAAAUGACGAUGAGAUGGAUAAGAAAUUCGAAGUUGUUAUUGGUAAUGAUCAGGGUGAUGAAGAGAAAGAGAAAUUAGCACAACAACAGAGAGAACAAAACGCAUUACCACAUUGGUACACUCAUUCUACCGUGACAGGACAAGCGACGACAUUAGGCAUAGCAGAUCAAAAACGUAAGAAAAUAUUAGAAGAUAGAGCGAGAGGAUUGAAGGGCGAGAAAGAAUUCGAGGAUGAAAGUUUGAAAGCCCACUAUGAGAUCUUAGGAGACGAUGAUGGUGAUGGUAAUGGUGAGGAUGGUGAAGAUGGUUUUGAAGAGAUUGAACAAGUCAAUCCAGUUACAAAGAUGGAUACUGUUGUUAACGUGGACCGGGAUCAAGAUGAGGAAGGAGAAGAAGUUUUAUUAGAGGAUGUCACACCUGUUCGAGUCGAUACACCAACUCAAGGAGGUACGAUGGUCACCGUCAAUGGAGUACCAAAACGUAUAGAAGAUGUUACAGAUGACGAUCACGACGUCAUGACCACAGACGAGUACGAGGCUUAUGCUCAAGCCAUGUAUGGUUGA